GGUAUCGGCCAUGGUUUCGGUCGCCAUCGUCAUCAUCAGCUCGGUGUCCGGAUGUGCUCGUCGUAGAAGUUGAGCUCGCCGCCGUCGCAGCCAUGGGUCAGGGCCACAAUAAAGACAAGGUCGACAAGGCCACCGGCAUGACGGAACGGCAGAAGCAGCUAGUGCUCCAUUCGUGGCGCACAUUCACCAAUGCCAACAGCGACUACGGCGUCCUGCUGUUCGACGCACUGUUCACGGCCCACCCAGAAUACCUGACGUUAUUCAACAAGUUCAAGGGCAAGGACCUCGAGGCGCUUCGCCAGGACGCCAAGUUCAGGGAACAUGGCGUGACCAUUGGCAUGCAACUGAACAAUAUGGUAGAGUCUGUGGAGCACCCGGACAACCUCCUCAUGCUGGUGAAUAAGAACGCCGAGUUCCACACCAGGAUCGCCGGCGUCGCGCCCAAGCACUUUGAGGAUUUCGGCCACGUCAUCGUCGAUGUCUUGAAGUCUAAAGAAGAGAAGCUGAUGACGCCACCCACUGUGGAGGCUUGGGGCAAGCUUUUUGCUUUGGUGAACGGGCACAUCGUCGCCGCAUUCAAGGCUGGACCGAAGAGCUCGGACAGGCUGGCCUCCCGUUUGGACCUGGGAAGGCCGUCUCUCCGAGCGAAGCCCUCCACUACCGCAGCGCAGAGAGGUGGACACCUCGCCGCGAAGUCACGGAGCAAAGCCCAGCGAGAGCCCUCAACGAAGACCGGCGUCUCACCCAGCAAGCACGGCCUCAAGAAGGAAGUCACCAAAAAGGAAUAGCGCUCGAGAAUGCUCAAGAAGGCAGAGAGUUAGAAAAGCCCGCUGCACGCUAAAGAACAUUUGAAAGGUCCGUGAAAGAAUCGUGUUCCGGCCGUCAUGUUGUGGAGUGAACGCGAACCCCUGUGCGCAUGCCUAUGUGAGCUACUGGACACGCAGACGAAGUCACAGAUGACGCGAAGGAAGAACAGAAACGUGGAACAGAAGUGGAAAUGCGGCGUUUUGGAAUCGCCGAAGAGGUCUUGUAAAACGGCGUAUCCCAUAUUCUUCGCUUUUCAUCGUGACUGAUAGGUGUCGCUGUUUUACUCAUUGACACAUUCAAAGGCUAAAGGAAUGAAGUAGCGAGACGCUAUGUUAUGGAAUAGAAAGUCGCACACUAGGCGUACUUGCACUGCUGCAGUGAUUUCUUCUCACGCUCUAGCUUUGUGAAAUUGCGUUUGGUUCUUAUGGAAGGUUUGCAUAGAGUUCGCAUAUGGAACAUUUAUGGUCUUCCAGCGAAUGUUGAAUAAGAUCUCCUUUAGAAGCGGAGGCAGUCUGUCGAGACCGACACUAAAGUAAUCGCGCUGAUUGUUGAAAUACGUCAUGUGUAAGCGCAAGGACAAUAGCGACGAAUUGGUAUAAUAUCUAGGUGAUUAGCGUACUGUAAUUCUUCUUAACGCUUCAAGAUUGUGCAAAUUAUUUAAAACACAGGUCAACCAGCCAUUGCGUACACUCGCAGAAAAAAAGAAUUAAAGGUCACUCAGAUGCGUCUUGGAAUGGCCAGCUGACACUUCAAAAAAUAAGGAGUAUACAUCUACGUACUCGUUAGCGGCUUUGGUAAACUGAAGAUUUCAAUAUUGUGCGAUAGAUGCCGUGAGGUUCAACUGGAGGGAGCCGUUGCAAUGAAACCAACCCCGUUUGGUGUGUGUCAAAGCAUAGCUAAAGAUAUAAAGCACAGGAACGACCUUGCUAACCCGUGAUGAUUUCUUAAAAUUUUACAUAGACAUACAGAAUUUCGACCACGAAUACUUCAAAAACAGCUUGCUGAACAAGUCGUUGAAACUUACGCGGAACAGGCAAGCGUGGGCGACUUCCAGGCGGCAGCAAGAAACGACGAACGUGAACUGGUGAAAGAUAAAUUUUCGCAAAUGGCUUAAGUAUGUUGUAAUAUGUAGUACGUCCUCUAGCAUGUCUUAGUGGUCCCAGUUUGACCAUGUGUAUUCUGUCCUUUUUUGACUGAUUUUUAUUUAUUCAAUGACUUCUCACGUAUUCCCCCAUCUUGUAUUACUGACCAAUUUUAGUGUAUUACAUUAAU